AUGGUCAGGUCAAAACCAGGUUUACCUCCUAGUCUUUCAGAGCAAUCACUGAAAAGAAGAGGGAGCAAAGACCUACCAAAAUCUGAAAAGAAGUCACAGCAGACACCAACAGAGGAGGACAAUGAAGACCUGAAAUGCCAGCUACAGUUUGUCAAAGAAGAAGCAGCCUUGAUGAGGAAGAAAAUGGCUAAGAUCGAUAAAGAGAAAGACAGAUUUGAACAUGAGCUGCAAAAAUAUAGAUCGUUUUAUGGGGAUUUGGACAGUCCCUUACCAAAAGGUGAAGCAGGUGGGCCACCUACCACAAGAGAAGCUGAACUCAAGCUUCGAUUGAGACUUGUGGAGGAGGAAGCUAACAUUCUUGGGAGGAAAAUAGUGGAACUAGAAGUAGAAAAUAGAGGACUGAAAGCAGAACUUGAUGAUUUAAGAGGAGAUGAUUUCUCAGGGACUGCUAACCCACUCCUGGGAGAGCAGAGUGAAUCCCUGUCAGAAUUACGACAGCAUUUGCAGCUAGUAGAAGAUGAAACGGAAUUGCUGAGGAGAAAUUUAGCUGAUUUGGAAGAACAGAACAAGCGCAUAACAGCCGAGCUGAACAAAUACAAGUACAAGUCCGGGGCCCAUGAGAGCUCUAGGCACCAUGAUAAUGCCAAGACAGAGGCAUUACAGGAGGAGCUAAAAGCUGCACGAAUGCAGAUCAAUGAGCUGAGUGGCAAAGUAAUGCAACUCCAGUAUGAGAACAGAGUCUUAAUGUCCAACAUGCAACGCUAUGACUUGGCCUCUCAUCUUGGGAUCCGUGGCAGUCCCAGAGACAGUGAUGCAGAAAGUGAUGCAGGGAAAAAAGAAAGCGAUGACGAUUCCCGCCCCCCUCACCGCAAAAGGGAAGGCCCCAUCGGUGGAGAAAGCGACUCUGAGGAGGUCCGCAACAUUCGGUGCCUGACACCCACAAGGUCUUUUUAUCCGCCACCGUCUGGGUGGCAGAAAAGCUUCACUGACAGGCAGCAGAUGAAGGACAUUCGCUCUGAAGCUGAGCGGCUGGGCAAGACAAUAGAUCGCUUAAUUGCUGACACGAGCACCAUAAUAACAGAGGCAAGAAUUUAUGUAGCUAAUGGGGACCUCUUUGGACUGAUGGAUGAGGAAGACGAUGGAAGCAGAAUACGCGAGCAUGAGCUUCUUUACCGGAUCAACGCACAGAUGAAGGCCUUCAGGAAAGAGCUCCAGGCUUUCAUCGACAGACUCGAAGUUCCGAAGUCUUCGGAUGAUCGAAGUGCAGAUGAACCUUUGUCAAAAGUCACAGACGCAAUAAGACGUGUGAGAGACAUAGUUUCUGUAAUAGCCACUGCUGUAAAAACACUGAAGACUACUUGUUUGCCAAAACCAAAACCAAACCAAAAAAACCUGCAAAAAACAUACCAAAAAGUCACCCGGUUGAAUAGGAAACCCGCUCACCACGGUGUUACAGAACAAGUUUUGAACGAACAUGGUAACUCUUGGCUUGCUGAGUGUGACCCCUUCUAA